AUGGCAGCAGAAACACCCUUACUCACGCACGUUCGGGCAGUCCAAGCCCGCAUCCAAAACAAAAGUCCCAUCUACGCCUUCCUCCUUGACGAGGCAGAAAUCUACGAAGCGCAACCAGGCGUCAUACGGGCGAGUGUGCGCGUGAACAAAAAGCAGAUCAACUCCAAGGGAACGCUACACGGCAGUUUCUCUGCAUGCGUGCUCGAUUGGGCUGGCGGGUUGGCAAUCGCAUCCCAUGGUCUCGAGUCGACGGGAUUGAGUACCGAUAUGCAUGUGUCGUACGUGAGUACGGCGAAAGAAGGCGAUAAGUUGGAGAUUGAAGGCCGCACGAGUAGAGUUGGUAGGAGUUUGGCGUUUACAACGGUGGUUAUUUCGAAGACGAAAGAAGAUGGGGAGCUCUCUGUUGUCGCGCAGGGGUCGCAUACGAAGUAUAUUGUACGAUGA